AUGUGGCUGCAGCCCCGCUCUGCUCACAUGAACCACGUUUGCGGGCCAAACGUCGACAUUCGCAACGACAUCCACGAGCUCAAGCGCCUGGAGAACUGCACGGUGAUCGAGGGGUUCCUGCAGAUCCUGCUCAUCUCCAAAGCAGAGGAUUACCGCAACUUCCGCUUCCCAAAGCUCACCGUCAUCACCGACUACCUGCUGCUGUUCCGUGUGGCGGGCCUGGAGAGCCUCAGCGAUCUCUUCCCCAACCUCACCGUCAUCCGGGGCAGGAACCUCUUCUACAACUACGCCUUGGUGAUCUUCGAGAUGACGAACCUCAAAGAGAUCGGGCUCCACAACCUGAGGAACAUCACCCGCGGCGCCAUUCGCAUCGAGAAGAACUCCGACCUGUGUUACCUCUCCACGGUGGACUGGUCUCUCAUCCUAGAUGCAGUGUCCAACAACUACAUCGUUGGGAAUAAACCUCCGAAGGAAUGCGGGGACUUGUGCCCGGGAACGAUGGAAGAGAAGCCGCUGUGCGAGAAGACAUCCAUUAACAAUGAGUACAACUACCGCUGCUGGACCACCAACCACUGCCAGAAAAUGUGCCCCAGCUCGUGUGGGAAGCGAGCCUGCACGGACCAGAACGAGUGUUGCCACCCCGAGUGCCUGGGGAGCUGCACGGCCCCGGACAACAACACGGCGUGCGUGGCCUGCCGCAACUACUACUACGAGGGGGUCUGCAUGCCCACCUGCCCCCCCAACACGUACAAGUUCGAGGGCUGGCGCUGCGUCACCAGGGAGUUCUGCUCCAAGGUCCCCGCCACGGAUGCCAGUGAGUACGAGAAGUUCGUGAUCCACAACGACGAGUGCAUGGCCGAGUGUCCCUCCGGGUUCAUCCGCAACGGCAGCCAGAGCAGCAUGUUCUGCAGCCCUUGUGAGGGGCCCUGCCCCAAAAUCUGUGAGGAUGGGAAGACGAAGACCAUUGACUCUGUCACAUCAGCACAGAUGUUGCAGGGCUGCACAAUCCUCAAGGGGAACCUGCUGAUCAACAUCCGCCGUGGCAAUAACAUCGCCUCAGAACUGGAGAAUUUUAUGGGGCUGAUUGAGACGGUAACGGGGUACGUGAAGAUCCGUCAUUCCCAUGCUUUGGUCUCCCUGUCUUUCCUGAAGAACCUGCGGUAUAUUCUGGGAGAGGAACAGGUGGACGGGAAUUAUUCCUUCUACGUGCUUGACAACCACAAUCUUCAGCAGCUCUGGGACUGGAACCACCAUAACCUGACGAUCAGUGAGGGGAAAAUGUACUUUGCAUUUAAUCCUAAACUGUGUGUUUCUGAGAUUUACCGCAUGGAGGAAGUUUCAGGAACCAAGGGACGACAGAGCAAAGGAGAUAUAAAUCCAAGGAACAAUGGGGAGAGAGCCUCUUGUGAAAGCAAAAUUCUGCAUUUUGUUUCCAACACUACCCUCAAGAACCGGAUUAAACUGACGUGGGAGCGGUAUCGGCCUCCAGAUUACAGAGACCUCAUCAGCUUCACUGUGUACUACAAAGAAGCACCAUUCAAAAAUGUGACAGAGUACGACGGGCAAGAUGCGUGUGGCUCCAACAGCUGGAACAUGGUUGAUGUUGACCUGCCACCGAACAAAGAGAACAAUCCUGGAAUCCUGCUGCAGGGGUUGAAACCUUGGACUCAGUAUGCCAUUUAUGUCAAGGCUGUUACCCUCACCAUGAUGGAAAACCAUCAUAUUCACGGAGCAAAAAGUGAAAUCAUCUACAUACGAACCAACGCUGCGGUGCCAUCCAUUCCCUUGGAUGUUAUUUCGGCAUCCAACUCCUCAUCCCAGCUGAUUGUGAAAUGGAAUCCUCCCUCUCUUCCCAAUGGCAACCUCUCCUACUACAUCGUGCGCUGGCAGCAGCAGCCUCAGGACAGUUACCUCUACAGACACAAUUACUGCUCCAAAGACAAAGUCCCAAUUCGAAGAUACGCUGAUGGGACCAUUGAUACAGAAGAAGCGACUGAGCCCACCAAGCCAGAGGGCUGUGGGGGGGAAAAAGGACCUUGUUGUGCUUGUCCCAAGACAGAGGCGGAAAAGCAAGCUGAGAAGGAGGAAGCAGAGUACCGCAAAGUCUUUGAGAACUUCCUUCACAACUCCAUCUUUGUCCCUAGGCCCGACCGCAAGCGGAGGGACGUGUUCCGGAUCGCGAACGCCACUCUGGCCGCUCGGAACAGGAACGUGACGGGGACAGAUCACUUCGCCAACGCCUCUGACGCCGAGGAGAGCGAGGUGGAGUACCCCUUCUUCGAGACCAAGGUGGAUGGCAAGGAGAGAACCGUCAUCUCCCACCUCCAGCCUUUUACCCUUUACCGCAUCGACAUUCACAGCUGCAACCACGAGGCCGACACGCUCGGCUGCAGCGCUUCCAACUUCGUCUUUGCCAGAACCAUGCCCUCAGAGGGAGCAGAUAACAUUCCAGGAACGGUAUCAUGGGAAGCAAAAGAGGAAAAUACCGUCUACCUGAAGUGGUCAGAGCCUGCAAGUCCAAAUGGGCUCAUCCUGAUGUAUGAAAUCAAGUAUGGGCAGCAGGGAGAGGAGAAGCGGGAAUGUGUUUCCAGACAGGAAUACAAGAAGCUUGGAGGAGCUAAACUAACUCACCUGAACCCUGGGAACUAUUCUGCCAGAGUUCAGGCCACGUCCUUGGCUGGAAAUGGGUCCUGGACUGAGCCAAUCUCUUUCUACGUGCAGCCCAAAUCAGCAAACUAUGGAAAUUUCCUGCACUUGGUAAUUGUGCUCCCUCUUGCUCUGCUGCUCAUCAUUGGGGGAUUGCUGACAAUGCUGUAUGUCUUUAACAAAAAGAGGAACAGUGACAGACUGGGCAAUGGAGUACUUUAUGCCUCUGUGAACCCCGAGUACUUCAGUGCCUCAGAUGUGUAUGUUCCAGAUGAGUGGGAGGUGCCCCGUGAGAAGAUCACCAUGUGUCGGGAGCUGGGGCAGGGCUCCUUUGGAAUGGUGUACGAGGGAAUAGCCAAGGGAGUGGUGAAGGAUGAGCCGGAGACCAGGGUGGCCAUCAAGACUGUCAAUGAGUCUGCCAGCAUGAGGGAGAGGAUCGAGUUCCUCAACGAGGCCUCGGUGAUGAAGGAGUUCAACUGUCACCACGUGGUUCGGCUGCUUGGUGUUGUUUCUCAGGGCCAGCCCACGCUGGUUAUCAUGGAGCUGAUGACACGUGGGGACCUCAAAAGUUACCUGAGAUCAUUGAGGCCAGAUACAGAGAACAACCCCGGGCAGGCCCCUCCGACCCUGAAGAAGAUGAUCCAGAUGGCGGGGGAGAUCGCGGACGGGAUGGCCUAUCUCAACGCCAACAAGUUCGUGCACAGAGACCUGGCUGCCAGGAACUGCAUGGUGGCAGAAGACUUCACAGUGAAAAUCGGAGAUUUUGGCAUGACAAGAGAUAUCUACGAGACAGAUUAUUACCGGAAAGGAGGGAAGGGGUUGCUGCCUGUCCGCUGGAUGUCCCCAGAGUCCCUGAAAGAUGGAGUCUUCACAACCCACUCCGACGUCUGGUCGUUCGGGGUGGUGCUGUGGGAGAUCGCGACGCUGGCGGAGCAGCCGUACCAGGGCAUGACCAACGAGCAGGUGCUUCGCUUCGUGAUGGAGGGGGGGCUGCUGGAGAAACCAGACAACUGCCCUGACAUGCUGUUUGAACUGAUGCGCAUGUGCUGGCAGUACAACCCGAAAAUGAGACCCUCCUUCCUGGAAAUCAUCGGUAGCAUCAAAGACGAGCUGGACCCAGCCUUCAAAGAGGUCUCCUUCUUCUACAGCGAGGAGAACAAGCCUCCGGACACAGAGGAGCUUGACCUGGAGACUGAGAACAUGGAGAGCAUUCCUUUAGAUCCCUCCUCCACCCUCCAACCCACUGACAAGCACUCAGGACACAAAGCCGAGAACGGCCCCGGCGUGGUGGUGCUCCGGGCCAGCUUCGAGGAGCGACAGCCGUACGCGCACAUGAACGGGGGCCGCAAGAACGAGAGGGCCCUGCCCCUGCCCCAGUCGUCGGCCUGCUGAUCCUCAGAGCCCCGCAGGAACCACCCAGAGAAACACAGGCAUUGGGGGAAGAAAGAAAGGAAAAAAAAAAAAAAAAUCACAAUAUAUUCAAAAGCCUACUGUACCUCAGUGGAUCUUCAGAACUGCCAUAGCUGCACUUGGGAGAACCCUUUUUUUCAGUAAACAAGUUGCCGUAUUUUUCUUUUUUUUUUUUUUCGAUAUGCAAGCAGAUGUUUGUUUCAGUCAAGGACUCCAGUCAUGGGGCACACAGUUGGCCUUUUAAAAACUCUUAAUGUUAACACUUAAUAGCAACAGAAAACUUGAGAUCUGAUGUCUCUCUCUCUCUCUCUCCUCUCUCUUCUUUUCUCUUUCUUUCUGUCUCUCUUUUUGCUUCAUAAUGGGAAACAUAUCUGCGUGCAAGUUCAACCGUACAGCACUUUUAUCAGAUCAAAGAUAUCGCAGGCCAGGUGGUUCCCAGUACCCCUGCAAGCACCUGCCUAACACUGUAGGUCUUUAUAAAAAAAAAAAAAAAAAAAAAAAAAAAAAAAAAAAAAAAAAAAAAAAAAA